AUGCAGUACAAGGCCCUCGCCACUCUUUUCUUCGCCGCCACGGCUCUGGCCGCCCCUGCAGAUUCUACUUCCACAUCCUCAAGCCCGGAGUUUGUCGAUAGCAGUGACCUUUACGAUGACUAUUACGAGGAUAUUUAUGACGACAUUUACGAGGCAAUGCCUAGCUCUAUCUUGACUGUUCUGGCAACAGCCAUCCCGGCCACAUGGUACAACGACCUUUUGGACCCGGCCUCUCGCGAUUCGAUCGUCAGCGAAGCUAUGGCUGGCACCUACCCAGCUUGGUACAACUCGUUGCCUAGCAGUGUCAAGGCCUGGGCCACCGCCAACGAGGCGUUCAUUGGCGCCUCGGCAACCGCUACUCAGACCGAGACUGCUGAUGGCAGCACCUUCAAGACUGGCUCCACCGCCGCUGCCAGCCAGACCUCCUUUGCCAGCGAGACCUCCGCUGCUAGCCAGACCCCUGCCAAGACCAUUUUGGCUUCCACUACCUCUUCGAGCUCCAGCUCUCAGACUAGCUCUGAGUCCGGUUCUGAGUUUAGCUCUGACUCGAGCUCUAGCUCUGCAUCAUCUUCUCCAUCUUCUUCGCAGUCUACUGGUGGCGCCGCUGCUCCUACUGGGGGCAUUACCAUGGGUGUUGCCGGUGCUGCUGGUGUUUUGGCCCUGGCUCUUGCCCUGUAG